AUGAAACUGCUGGCAGAAGCUAAUAAACCAGGAAGCCUUAUCAACAACUACGUGACUCAGUUAAGUUGUAUGUUGUCAAGCAAAGCAACAAAUCUUGUGAGCCUCCAAGCCCGCCUCAGCAGGUUCCAUCAUCACCUCAAGGAGAUUCUCAGCCAUAAGAGGGCUGCCAUACAUGAAGCCAUGGAACAACAAACAAUAUCCAUAACCAAAGCAGGAAUAACAACAAUUCUGAAUUCCAGGACUUCUGUAUUAGCUGCAACUAACCCUCCAUCAGGUCGUUAUGAUGAUCUCAAAACUGCACAAGAUAACAUUGACUUACAGACUACAAUUCUUUCAAGAUUUGACCUCAUCUUCAUUGUCGAAGAUAUAAACAUGUUCAGCCAAGACAAGAUGGUAGAGAACUUGUACAUAUUCUUCUUGUCGUUGGAGCUGAAGCUACUACUCAAGACACGCAACAUGGAGGUUAUUCCUUAUGCUGGAGUUGAUGUGAACAUAAGGAAUGUGCAAAAAACCAUUCCUUUGCAUGUGGCAGUGGCAAGAGGAUCAAAAUCAUGUGUUAGAAUGCUUCUUUCUACAGGUGGUCUGGUAGAAAAAGGCCUUCCCUUUCCUUUGCUGAGUAUUUCCUCAGUAGUUUCCUGCUUAGCAUCGCCCUCUCCAAAUCCAUUGCCCUUGUGA